CAAGCAAAGUAUAUAUUGAUAUAUUUAAAUUAAAAAUGAUCUGAAUUAGGGUAUUCGUGCCUUAUCACUGCCUGCUAUCAGAACCAACUUCAGUUAGUUAAGAUUUUGUUGAAUCGAGUGGAUUUAGACACUACCUGGCAAUCUAAGGACGGAGACAGUUUACUGAUGAUGUGCUGUGUCCGGGGGUACACGGAGAUAAUUGAAACUCUGCUCACUAGGACGGAUUUGGAUAUAAACCAUACAGGACAGCGAGGGUUGUCUCCCCUGAUGCUUAGCUGUGUUGAAGGCCAUGAAGAUAUAGUUCGGGUGCUUCUCCACCAUCCUAAUAUCAAUAUUAAUCUCCAGGGCAAGGAUGGAGUAACAGCCCUCGGCCUCGCCUGUCUCAGAGGAGAUCUGGGAAUUGUAAAAAUGCUUCUGCAGAAACCAGAACUAGAUAUAAACAUUAGAAGUUCCGACGGUGUUUCACCGUUUACCGUUUCUGUGAUAAAAAACCAUAUUCAGUUGAGCAACCUUCUUUUAACCAGACCUGACCUGAACCUGAGUGUAGAAGAUACUGAACCUGGUCUAGAUCCUCUUCAUAUUGCAGCCUGUAAAGGACAAGUUCAACUAGUUAGAGAUUUAAUAUGUUUUGGUUGUAAUAUUAAUAGAAGACAUGGCUCAUCCUUUACAGUUAUACCAGCUGUUAUUAUGAAAUGUCAGGAUAUAAAUAAGAUGCGAAGUAUCCUUGAACUACUGAUAUCUGCUGGUGCACGACCUACCCUGGAUCAUGUAACUAUCGCCGUAUUGAGAGUUCCUGAUGUCUAUCCUCUAAUCUUCAAAGCCAUGGUUUCUCCUCUUUCUUUACUCAAAUCCUCAAGACAAGCUGUAUUCAAUCAACUAAGAAUUGUGUCAGAGGGGAGGAAUAUUGGUGGUCUAGUAGAUCAAUUGAAUACUGAGAUACCAGCAACACUAGUACAGUUUCUCAAAUUUGAUCAACCUCUAGGCAAUGACAUCCAAUAGUUUUUUGAAUUUUUUUUUUGUUGCUUAAAAAUUGAUUCGCGCAUUUCUGCAUCAGU